AGGAUAGAGGACUUACUGUAACCUGCGCAUGCGUGCAGACCGAUAAGGAUUUAAUUCUAGACCUAUGUCCUAGACCAGUGCAAACGGAUUGUGUGGGUGAGCUGGAUUUGUAUUAAUAUGGGGGACUAAAAAAAAUUAAUUGCAGUAUUUUUUUGGACGCAGUUGAGAUUUCCUGGAGGCUCUGCGGGGCCAGACUGCUCACCAGCCCGCUCACCAGCCCGCCAGCCCUGCACAGAUAUCAGUCUGUCAACCUGCUGACUUGACUCGCAUCUCCUGCUCAUCGUCGCGUCAGGGUGAUAACUCCACUUGGAAACAAGUUUGGAUGUGGCAAGCAAACUGCAGACGUAUGCAUAAUUUAGCAGACUGGAUUUCCGGGACAGUGAUGGGAGGCUGUGUGGGGAGGAGUAGGAUGGAUGGACAAGGGAGUGCCCGAAGCUCGACAAGAAGCAAAAAACGUGGAGGACGUAAUGAGCCCCUCAAGAAGGAGCGUCCAAAGUGGAAGAGUGAGUACCCGAUGACAGGGGGCCAGCUGAGGAGUAAGAGAGAUGAGUUUUGGGAUACGGCUCCUGCCUUUGAUGGACGGAAAGAGAUCUGGGAUGCACUCAGAGCAGCAGCCCUAGCUGCAGAGUGCAAUGACCUGGAGCUAGCACAGGCUAUAGUGGAUGGUGCCUGCAUUACUCUGCCACACGGUUCCCUCACAGAGAGUUAUGAUGAACUGGGCAACCGGUACCAGCUCCCAGCCUACACUUUAGCCCCGCCUGCCAACCUCAUCUCUGAAACGUCCAGCGAGUGCAAAGUCUCUGACUCCACACAAAAACAAGCUCAACCCCCUCCGUGCAGACAAGAGUUCCAGCUACGGGUUCGAUUGUCAACAGGAAAGGAUGUGCGUCUGACGGCCAGCAUGGCGGACUCCAUCUCUGAGCUAAAGAAACAAUUGGAAGAACAGGAAGAAAUUGGCGUGACCCGCCAGAGGUGGUUCUUUUCCGGGAAGCUCCUGACUGACAAGACUCGUCUUCAAGAUGCCAAGAUCCAGAAGGACUAUGUCGUUCAAGUGAUUGUCAAUGUGAACUCUCCAGUCAUAGUUAACUGAUGAGUGAGACAGAGGACUAUGAAGAGGGGAAAAUAUAAAGGGCGUGCCACAGAGGGAGGGCAGAAAUAGGGCUUGAAAUAAUUUUCCAGUUGGCACUGCAGUGGGAUUUUGUGUACAUUUUUAUAUAAGAAUAUAUUGCUUUUAUAUUGCUCCUUUUUGUAUUUUUUUUCUUUUUCCAAAUGAAGUAAGAAUAUUUAAAAGCACUGAAACACUUUAGAUUAACAGUAGAGUCCUAAGAUGCGCAUCCCAGUGUCUGUCUGUCUGUUUGUGUGGACAUCAACUUAAAGCUCUAUUGUUUACAUGGUUCCCCCUCCUCGUCAUGUGUGUUCUACUUGUGCUUCAACUGAAUAUGGUUCUCCUGGGGGUCCGAAUAAGGAAAAUGCAUUCCCUUUUUUUUCUUUUUUAGAGAUGUCUGUCAUGCGAUUAAAGAGGUAAUAUAAGGAUGGAAGAAAACUGUAGAGAAAAUUGAAAAUGUAAAUAUCCUUUUCCAUAUGUGUUGUUUGGUCAUGUAACUAUGUGCACACAACAUUUUCAAUUCACAUCUGUAUAUUUGUAAUAAACACACGGAAUGUAUUGAAAGCACCUAAGGAAAAGAUAAUAAGAGAUGAUGAGGUUUGUUUUUUUGAUUUCAUCACUCCAAGCUAGAUACUGUAAUCUUAUGUAUAAUAUGAU